AUGGACAAAUUUUUGAAACCAGACAAGUUUGAUGGUGAUCCGAAUUCUCCAACAGCUCUACAAGAAUGGAACUUCUGGCUAAAGACUUUUGAGAAUUUCAUCGCAUCUUUUGACGAAGAAGACAUCGAUGAUGAAAAUGUUGAUUCUGAAACUCAUAGGAAAACAUACAUUCGUGAUUCAUUUAUCCGGGGCCUCAGCUCUCAUCAGAUAAGACUGAGACUUUUGGAGUUUGACAAGCUAACUCUUGAUGAAGCUAUUGAAAAAGCACGUGCCUUGGAAUCUGCCAGAAAUCAAUCAGCUGGGGCAGUGGGGGAUUGCGAAAGUGUGAUUGGGGGUAGAAAGAAGGAGAAGAAAAAGAAGAGGGGUGAAGUGGAAAGUGCUACUGAUUGUGAAAGCACAACAAUUGUGAGUGAGAAGGAGAGGGAAAAAGAGAACGAAGAAGGAGGAGAGGGAUCAGUGUAUUAUGAUAGUGGAUUGAGUGUCAGUAGUGUGGGGGAGAAGAAGAAGAAGAAGAAGAAGGAGAAGAGGGAAGGAUUCGGUUGUUCAAGUGAUAAUCUGACUGAAAGUGAGUGUGAAGUCAGAAUCGGGGAGGAAAAGGGAGUAAGAAUGAAGAGGCAAAGGGAGAGUGGCAGCGAAGAUGGUGAGGGAAGGAAUUCGGAUAAACGAAGUAAGAAAGAGAAGCGCCAAAGUGAGACAGAGGAAGAACUCAGCAGCAGAGUGGCGUCCAAGAAGAGUGUGAUGGAGAAUAUAGUGAAAAUCGGUGGUAAGGAUAAGAGAAGGGGAAGUGCUGGGAGAACUGUGGAAAGUCCGGAUUCCGAUGAUGAUUUCAAAGAAGAUCUACGGAAAAAGCGGGAAAGUUUUUUGAAAAUGGUGGUGACAAAAAGAGGUGAGAAGAGUCACUCUAUGUCGGGUAAAUCAGGUAAAUCUCCGAUUAAGAAAGCUUCGGUUAAUGAGAAGAGUAACUCCAGUGAUAGCGACUCAGAGGACAAGAGAGUGAAUGAGUCUUCAACUGGUUCAAACAAAUUACAAAAUGUUACAAAUUUGAAAACAGUUACUUCAAGUUUGAAAAAAACAUCCAAUGAUGAAAUGAUGUCGCAGGAUAUGUUUGAAGCAGAUAGUGAUGACAGAAAUAACGAGGUUGAAAAUAAUAGUGACUCCAGUGAAAGUGUGAAAAAUAACGGUGACAAAUCGAGGAACGGUGAUUCAGAUAGUGACGACCGUCAGGGGAAAACUAAUUCGAGAAGUAACAGUGACGAGAGGAGGAGGAACAGUGACUCUGAUAGUAGUAGUAAAAUUCAGGAAAAAUCAAAAGUUUCUAACAAGUGUUCAAUAUCUAAGCAGGGUGAUACAGCUCCAAAACAAGUGACAAAAACUUCUAAAAAUGAUGGUUCAAAGUCUAAAUCACCAGAAAAACAUUUGAAUCCUAAGAAAACUGAUUCCCUGUUGAACUCUAGUGAAAUUUUGUCGAAUUUCGAAGUGAAUUCUCAAGAACUUUUCAAAACUCCCAGUCAUAAGAAAAAAAAUGCUACUUCUACUCCGUUCCACUCUCAAGCAGCUCGUCAGGAUUUGGAACAGACUAUGGACAUGUCUGCGAUCAGUAACCGGUUAAAUAACAGUUCCAGAGCUGACAAGAGUGGUUCUUCUUCAGAUAGUGAUGAGGAGGGGUCUACAAUAAUUACGGAGAACAACCAGUCAUAUACCCAGACGAUCAUACCUAAACUUUGGAAGCGGAUUGAGAAAAAGCUGAGCGAAGGAAUUAAAGAGGAAUACUUUGAGGAAGAUGUGUUCUAUCUUGAAGAUUUAUCCGAUAAUGAUGAAGUUUGGGUAGCUCCUUGUCCAAAAUCUUUGGAUGUCAGCAGUCUGUUGGGUCGGAAACUGAACUUGACCGGGCGCACAGAUUUGAAAGCGUUGCAAGCGAAGGACGGCGCGUCGAACAUGGACUGCGAGGCAUGGGCUUCUCCUAUUGAGCACAACGAAAAUGUUGUCUACUGUCUACAGGCCAGCAAGAAUCGCAAGAAGAUGAUCAUAAAUCCGUUAAAAUUAGCUGGCCGAGUUUCAAUAGAGGAGAAAAUUCGAAUGCCUUCGCCACACGAGGUGGAAUUCUCAACCACCAUGAAACUUGUGAUGCCCGAGAAUCUCAAAGUUAGGCAUCCUCUCUUAGGAGCUGAGUUCAAAAACCAACCAAAGACCUUCAAUUCUGACGACGUUAGUUCACCAAGAGUUAAGAAGAAGAAGAAGAAGAAAUCUAAGAACUUGGAACAUGAGUCAGACAUUAUUAUCCAGAAUCCUACUUCUUCCAUCAACUAUACUUCAACAAUUGAAGAGAAGUGUGACGAAUCAAUGGAGAGGAAAAAGAAUAAGAAAAAGAAGAGUAGGGAUAACGAAAGUGCUGAAGGACAAGCAGAUAUGUCUUCAUAUUCGCAUAAAUCUGGAGAUACCUCAAACCUGAGUGAAGGAGAGAAGAAGAAAAGAAAGAAGGACAAGAAACGAUCAAGGGAAGAAGCGGACGAAGAACCUAGUUUACAAGAAGAUGUUCCUUGUGAAGAAUCUUCAGAGCAUAGCAGCAAAAAGAAAAAGAAGAAGAAAAGAAGACUUGAUGAGUAGUAGUGUAAUGUGACACUCUCUAGCUAGUCUACAUUCUAUAGAUAUCAUCUUAAUUUUUAAUACUAUUUUAUUGUUCAAGUAAUAUUGAUUUUUAUAUUAUAUUAUAUUAUAUUGAUUUUUAUAUUAUUUUCGUUGAUUAGUUCAGUGUCGUAUUUGAUGACACUAAUUUUCAAUAAUGUAAUUAUUGUCUCAAGUUUUAAGUCGAUCUUCUAUUUUCUUAUUGUUUAUAUUGGGAGUUUAAAGAUAAUAAUUAUUUAAUUUUAAUACCGGUAUUUGAUUAGCUCCUUUAAUUCAAGAACAACUGGCUUUACUUGAUGAGGUGUUUGAGUAGUAACUACUGUAGGCCUACUUGUAUUGCAAGUAACUUUUAUUGAUACUAAUUCUGUAACAAUAGUUUUUAAGAAGAACCCAACAGACUGAUUGUAUGUAAUAAAUAGUAUCAGUGAAACUUGAUGUAAAUAAAUAAGUGAUAACUAUUUAUUUAUCCAAUUAGCCUAUGUUUUUGUAUUUAUGUAGAUAAUAAACACCUUGGAAUUAUGUA